AUCUUACCGGGCCCAGAUAUUUCGAUGACAAGGCAUAUCUUUGACAGCAUCAUCGUGUAAAUCGGCCUGCGAAACAACCUGGUGUGCGCUGCGGAACCUCGAACAAAUUCUCCGAAACCCAAGUCUCCUAGCACGCGACUGCAUUCCGCAAUAAGUCAAUGGUCGGUUGACUGAGGCGGUCACACCUGCUUGGGCCUGUCCGCAGAUAGAUGCCGCUGAUGAGCCUGGCGAUGCGGGAUCAAGUGCGCGCCAUCCGGUGAUCCUCGACACGAUGUCAACCAGGGUGUUGAUCCAUGAUUACCCUCAUCGGACAGUGGCCCUUGCAACAGAUGAGCAUGUCCUGGUGUUUCGCCAUUCUCAUGCUGCACCAGAAAGUGGCAGAGCGUCAAUAUCGAGCUCGACCAGCCUACCACUGGGCAAUGCGAGUCGAUCCAUCCUGACGCCUCGAUGUAUGGUCGAGUUCGGAGACAAAUCUCUUAUCAACCUCGAGCACUUUCAUCCUGUCACUACCGCCAGAGGCACUUUGGGCCUCAUCACACUCAAUAACGAUGUCUUUCUUUGCGUUAUCACCGGCUCAGAAGAGGUGGCGAUUGUGAGGCCAGGCGAGACCGUCCAGAAGAUCUUCGCCGUGGAGUUCUACUGCCUCAACCGUGCAGAUUACGAUCACGCCCAUGGCCCUUAUCCCAACCCAUAUCCUGGCCAAAUUUUCCAGUCGGACGAUGUCGACUACACCCAGGGCGACGAUGUCUCCGAACAUCCAUUCCACGCUCUGAAGAAACUCAUAAGCAACGGCAAUUUCUACUACAGUGCCGAUUUUGAUCUUACACGACGGCUACAGGAUCGUGCCGAGGCAGAAAGCACCGUUGACAUUUCCAGUCUCGACGAAGGCCUCCUCUGGAAUUCGUACAUGAUUGAUCCGCUGAUCAAAUUCAGAAGUAGGCUUACUGACCUCGAACGAAAUGCUCUUGACCGCUCUCGCCUUCUCACCUCUGUGAUUCGUGGCUUCGUCAAAAGUUUGCCGAUACCACCUUCUUCCUCCCCGAUCCGGGGAACUGUCCCUGGUCCACCUACAACCCUAACCAUCAUCUCUAGAUUAUCCUCUAGAAGAGCCGGGACACGUUUCAACUCUCGAGGCAUUGACGAUGACGGUAAUGUUGCGAACUUUGUCGAGACCGAGACUGUCUUUUGGUCUCCCACCGGCCUUUGCUUCUCAUACACUCAAGUGCGAGGCAGCAUACCGAUCUUCUGGGAAAGCUCGAGCAGUUUGAUACCUGGCCAACAAAAAAUCCAAAUCACCCGCUCGCCGGAGGCCACGCAGCCAGCUUUUGAUAAGCAUUUCGCAUCUCUGGAGAGAACUUAUGGCGCGGUUCACAUCGUGAAUCUGCUGAGCGCCUCGAAGCCGGGUGAGGUCGAGCUGACAGAGAGAUACCGAUAUCAUGUGAGUAGAAGCCCGCUACGACGACAUGAGGAAGGUGAAGUGGAGGAACACCAUCUACUCCACGAAACUGAGUUCGAUUUCCACGAACGGACUCGUGGACCCACCGGAUACGAAGCAGCAAAAGCUAUCCGACCAUAUCUUGACACAAGCGCAGAGUCGUUUGUUUACUUUCUCUCAGAGGAGAUAGAGGAAGUCGCCGUCGAGCAAGGCAGAAGGAAACUUGUCCGAAGGCCUAUCGUUAUCAUGCAGCAAAAUGGCGUCUUCCGGGUCAAUUGUCUGGACUGCCUAGAUCGGACAAAUCUCAUCCAGGGCAUAAUCAGCCAAAUGGCGUUGGAGUUGUUCCUGUCGCACCGGGAUGAGCGAGGCAAUUCUGACUUUUGGAUGCGCCAUUCUGCAUUAUGGGCUGACAACGGAGAUGUUCUUUCGAGAAUAUAUGCUGGGACUGGAGCGCUGAAGAGUUCAUUUACAAGGCAUGGUAAGAUGAGUCUUGCGGGCGCCCUUGCGGAUGCCCGGAAGAGUGCUACUCGCCUUUAUGUCAAUCACUUUGAGGAUAAAAACAGACAGAAUACUGUUGAUCUGUUGCUCGGCAGGUUGGUCGGACAGACAAGCGUGGACCUGUUCGACCCUAUCAACGACUGGGUCGUUGCGGAAGUUGCCCGACGAAGAGCGGAGUUUGAGUCAAGGGAUCAGCUUAGACUUGGGAUGGGAACAUAUAACCUGAACGGCAAAACGUCAGGAAUCCAUGAAGACCUGACUCCUUGGCUGGACGUUCGUGGCAAGAAUCUGGACAUCGUGGUGGUGGGAUUCCAAGAAAUCGUCGAGCUGAGUCCGCAGCAAAUCAUGAGCACCGACCCCAAUCGGCGAAUGCUAUGGGAAAGGGCAGUCAGAAACUGUCUCAACGGACACGGCCCUGACGAGAAAUUCGAGGGGGUGCCCACAAAAGGCGACGAAUAUGUUCUGUUGAGGAGCGGGCAGUUGGUGGGAGCUGCAUUAAUGGUCUUUGUCCGCUCAAGCAUUCUGGGCCGAAUCAAGAAUGUGGAGGGCGCCAUCAAGAAAACCGGCAUGAGUGGGAUUGCCGGAAACAAAGGCGCCGUCGCCAUCAGGAUGGACAUUGAAAGCACAUCUGUAUGUUUCGUCACUGCCCACUUGGCCGCAGGGUUUGCCAACUACGAGGAACGGAAUCGAGAUUACAACACUAUCACCUCUGGCCUGAGGUUUCAACGCAACCGAAGCAUCGAGGACCACGAGAUCAUCGUUUGGGCAGGGGACUUCAACUACCGUAUCGGUUUGGGCUAUGAACGAGUCAAAGCCCUCGUCAAUGAAGCGAUCAUCGGGUCGGAAAAGAUCAGAGAAGAUGCAUUGGGCAAGCUUUACGAGAACGACCAACUCAACAUUCAAAUGGUGGUAGGAAACUGCUUCAACUAUUAUCGGGAAGGACGGGUCAAAUUCCUGCCGACAUACAAGUACGACAUUGGCAAAGACGAGUUCGACUCGAGUGACAAGCAACGUAUACCUGCUUGGACCGAUCGUAUCCUUUGGAAGGUGAACCAUAACCGAAACGCAGUCCAGGCUGGAGAGGUUCUCGGCUCGCAGAUGAAGCAACUGGAAUAUGACAGCGUCAUGGGCCUGAGGUUCAGCGACCACAGACCGGUGUAUGCCAUAUUUGACGUGGGGAUCCGGGUGGUGGACGAAGAGAAGAAGGACACCUUGACCAAAAAACUAUACUCAAAGAGGGCAAAAGAAAUGAAAAGCAAAGCCGGAGAUUCCACGGAAGGGCUGGACGAAAUGGAGACCGACGACGAAACCGACAGCGUCAUGGAGAGUCUCAUGGGCUAUGAGAGUAUUCAGGAAGGCCUACCUCCGGCGAGCAGCGACAAGCGAAAGUGGUGGUUAGAUGGGAACAAAGCUGCGCGAAGCACGAUCCGCCCACCAAAGGAGGGCGUGAUGUUGAGCGGGAACCGCGAAGGCAAUCCGUGGAGGGAGGGUGGGGAGGACGACUGGGUCGAGGUCGAGAGGCCGCCGAUCAUGGACAACAACAAGCAAGGCGGCAGCAGACCGGGAAGCAGGAAACCAGAGCCGCCACCACCAAGGACGGUGAAGAGAAUGGUACCUCCGCCCUGGGAGGGAGAACGAGUUGCAACGCCGUCCACAGCGGCGGCGGAGAUGAAGGCCCUUCGACGUCCAACGCCGCCGACACCACGAGGAGGCUCGGCUCCGCGAAACAGGGCUUCAAGCGCCACCACCUCUCCUGUCCGAUCAGCCAUGUCGUCGGCAGGCGAUCUGGCCAACAACAUCCCGGCACGAUCCUCCUCAGCGGCGGGAUUCCCCAAGAAACGACCCCCGCCCAAACCCACGAAACCGUCGGCCCUCACCACCUCGUCCAGCCAGGUCGCCGUCCCGCAGCUGAGCCCUCUCCCGGCCCCUGUCCUGCCACGGUUGGCGGCGAGCGUGUCUCGCUCCGAGGUGUCCGUGGCGCCUGAUCCGGAAGAGCGUCCCCCGCCGCUGCCCAGGCGCAAGGAGACGGCGAGUUCGACCGCCUCGUUCGUGAGCGCUCCCGACUCUCUUGCGCCGGGGCCCGGCGGUGGUGCGAGAGGUCUGCAGAAGGGCGCCGCCAACCCUCCUCCGCCGCCACCGUCGAGGGUCUCGAAACUCCAGCCUCAGCAGAUACAGCGCAAUGACGGGGCGGACGAUCCUCCGGCCCCGCCCUUGCCGCCGAGGAGGGAGACGGGCGCCAGGAGCGACAGCCCGGCUUUGCCCACGAGGCACAGACCGGACGGCAAUGUGAACGCGAACGGAGGCCUCAUGGACGAGGACGACAGGCCCGGAGCGAGCAGGUUGGACAGGUAUAAGCCGCUCAUGCCCAGCUGAGGAGCUGGCUUGUCAGCAACCCUGAAGGAAAGUUGAGCCUGCGAGGUGGAUACACCGCGAAGGAGAGAGAUGGGAUGACGGGUUGACUGAGACGAAAGAAGCAGUAACGAAUACAACGAGUGGAAUACAAUGUGUUUUAAGGCCGGAGAAUGCAACAAACGGAACUGUCAGAGAUUACCGCCUGGUACUCGAAUGUGAGGGACAUAGAUCAUUUUACAUCUCCAGUGUGGGUAAAAAGGAGUAUACAAGACGUCUAUCCACGUAUUCUGCACAGCACUCCUUGCGUCAAUUCCC